AUGCAGUCAUUCAAUCCCAACCACGACCACGGCGACGACUACAACAUAGUUGUGACGGUAGACAACUCAGGCCACCCAGAUGAUCACUUGCUUUCAAAGUUUCCUCAAGUCUCAUUUUCUUGGGAGGUUUUCCAAAGCUACCAUGUCACUGGCACCACUAGUUCGAUUCGAGACCCGGUCGCAACACUAACAUUCGAUAUACACUUGUUACCAUCUCAGGACAUCGUAUCAAAUAUGUUACGUAACAUACAGAUCCCGUUCCCGUUGGAUAGGCUACGAUGGAAGACAUGGCGUGGUGUUAAACACACUGAUGAUAAGCCAUUGAACGACGUUGAUGACAUGCCUUUGCCAUUGGAUAAGCCACGAUGGAAGAAGGGACGUGGACGCAAGAAGCUGGUCGUGAGGAUCAAGAUUGAGAAGCAGAUUAGUACGUCAAAUCAACAAUAUGAUACGAUUAACAUAAGAAGAGACCUCGAACACAAAUUAAAGGAUUUCCUUUCUGUGCUUUCGCGUUCAGGUUUGCUACAACAGCCACGUGACGAGGUGCACAGCCAAGCUUCGAUGAGAUCCGCUAUGGCGUAUUGGAAUGAAAUUAAGUCACGCGCAGCCGCUGCAGGGUUGAUCAAUGAUAUUAACAGUGCCAGUACUAGUCACAGAGGAAAUUAUGGAGUAGAGGAUGUUAAUGCAUUACUGCUAGAGAUAAGUAUCGUGAUGGAGGCUGCAUCAGGUGAAUAUCAAUCGUCACAGUCUAGGCCUAAGCCGGCGAGCAAGGUGUUCGUUGAGGCCUUGGACGCGUUUAAAAUAACCGAUGGAGUAAAUCAUGUUACGAAUGCUGAAUUAUGUGUGGUUUGCUUGGAGAAGAUUUUGAGUGGGGAAGAAGUUACGCCCUUGCCAUGCUCUCAUAUGUUUCAUGCAAAAUGUGUUGUUCAAUGGUUCAAAUCCGGUCAUACGUGCCCUGUGUGUAGGUUCGAGUGUCCGACUGAUUGA